ACCAGCAUCAACACGCCCUGCAUCUCAGCCUGUGCCGCCAGCAUCAACACACCCUGGAUUUCCACCCUCACUUCCACUGCCCAGAUAUGACCAAGAAAUGAUUCACUGGAACUGCUCUCAACAGCAAAAGGUAUGGAUGAAGAUGGAGCUGGAAGCCAUGGGACUGUGGCCGGGAAGUCCACCUGUGAGGCACCUUACUAACUCUGUCUCUUUGUGGCGUCUACCACCUCAGCCUGAGCUCAUUGAGACUGCCUGUGGGCUUCCAUCCCCCAAAUAUUUCCAGCUACAUCCAUUCUUCAUCUGGAAACCAGAGAAUGACAGCAUCAUGGGAAGGCUGAGAAACAAUUAUGUUCUCCCAUGUCUUCACAGUUGUUCUCGACCACAGAUAACUUCAUCAGGUGUAGGAAGGCCUCGAGUGGUUGUUGGCAUUGUCAAUCAAUAUUACUUGUUUGCAUCUCGGCUUUGCUGCAAAGCAUGCAAAAGGAAUUGGUUUGCUGACAAUCCUCUGUGGCUGGCAAAGCUCCCUAAAAGGUAUACCAACAUGUUGCCAGCCCUCCUUACCUACAAGAAAGCGAUCUGUAAAUCUGUGGUAGAUGAAUUAAGACGCACUGCAAAAUCCCCAAAUGACAUGGCCAAUCAGCUGAUGGAGAUGAUGCACCUAAAGUAUGAAAGAGCAAACCUGGCCUACCUGCUAAGUGUGCAGAACAUCAAGGAUGCUGAGGCAGGGUUGUAUGGUCAGAGCACCAUCAGCAAAUACCUGAGGAGGGACAGUACACCUGCUGCAUUUGGGGGGUAUGAAGACACAGACGGCUGGUGUGGAAUGUCUGUGUCGUCAUAUUACCUUACAGACUGUCUUCUGCAGGAGAAAUUUAUUGAGAAAUGUCAACCCUCAGCAACACAGCUGCCGCCGACUGUCAGAUUUCCUGAUUCUGCAGCUCCUGCUACUGAGGCUUUAAAGAGAGAAAGCACUGAGGAGCCCCAGAUGGACAUAGGUAAUUCAGAAUAAUACCACAAACAUAGGCAUAUCUCUCUCACACUAACUCAGUCACACGCACCUAAAUAUGCUUGCAGACACAUGCAUUCUGCAUAAUUACUUUCACUGAAGAACUGUUCCUCUCUUUCAGAUCUGCCCUGCACACCUCCACUGCCUAUGACCGCCUCACCAAGAAGUGCACGCACGGGGCCUAUCAAGACUGGUGGCCGGGUCUUUGUGUUGGACCACAAUCGGUGGCCUGGCCCAAUGAGGGUGGCUAUUGAUGGUCUGCUUGCCAGGCAUCAUGGACAGAAGGACAUGCUGAAACUGGUGGACUUUGACUAUGCUUCCAUGGUGCAAAGUUCAUGUGCAGACCCCAACAGCCUGCUUCACCCAACCACCAAACACCACAUUGGAAGGUAUAUUAAACACCUGGCCAAAUUAAAAAACACCAGUUCCUCCCUUAACACCAGUCCUGAAAAGCUCUUGGAGACCCAACAACUGUGGCAGCACUUAACCAUGGGUAGUGACACAACCUGUGUCCCUGUAACAGCACUCCCACCUGCAGUUGUGAACCCACCCGCACUGCCCACACAAAAUGCUCCUCUUACUGA